AUGGCAGCCCAUCCUGGCCCUCUGUCUGAGGCAGGGGCAGAAAGCAGCCUCCAGGAAGUCAACUGGUAGCUUCGGUCACAGCUGGAAAAAACCAGCCAGGACUUCCUAGACCUCAAGGAAAAAUCCCUUGUAUCUGAAGCGACGGCCUACUCCCUGGCCAACCAACUGCGGAAAUAUAAGUGUGAAAAGUCCAGCGACCUCAUCAAAUCCAUGCUGGGGGAGAAGGUGUUGUGUGAGAAAGACAAGCGGGCAGAAACGUUCCCUGAGAAGCUCAGGCUAUGUCACCUGCUGAUCCAAGACCAGGCGAAAGAACUGACCCGCUUAUAUAAGAAGAUUCGGGAAGGGGAAGAGGUUUCCCAUCUGCUUGUUCAGCACCUGGAAGCCCUCCUCAUCCAUGAUGGCGCUGAGCAUUCCCAAGGGCAGGGCUUGCGAGGGCAACUGGCUGAGGGACGCAGGCUGGCCAAGUGCCUUGCCCGGAAGCUCAGCCCAGAAAAUUAUGACCACGAGGGGGACGACGACGACAAUGAUGAUGAAGAAGAAGAAAGAGAAGAAGAAACAACACUGACUAUCUUACAGUACAACCAAAUGGAUCAGGAGGGGCUGAAAGGCCAGGACUCCGUUGCCACUAGGCUCACCACACAGCUGCUAGAGCAGGACACCUCACGGGACACUCCAGAUGAACGCUACCUGACAUACUCAGUGCUUCCCGACCUGUCUGACUCCUACUGGCCUUACAGGAGCUCCGCCAUCUUCUCCCCAGAGGACACACAAGUCUGUUCCUCUCUGCAAGUGGCCAAAUAUCAAUUGAAUCAUGAGGAGGAAGAAGGCGAAGACCCGCUAUGCCCCAGGCCCAGCACAAAGCUUCCAGAGGUGGAAGAGCAGGACUACCAAGGAGACUCGCUGGAUGAAUGCUAUAUGACUUAUUCAGCCCUUCCUGACCUGGCUGACCUGCAUGGGACCUUUGCGAGAGCUGACAGAAACUCCUUCGAUGAUAUGGACGAUUCUUCUGCUCUGGAAGUAGCUAUUGUAGAAAAUCACAAUGAUCUUUUGGAGGUAGAAGACCAAGACCUGAUAUGCCCCAGUCCUCCCUGUAACUCAAGGCUCUGCACAGAGCUGCCCGUGGUAGAAGAGAAUGACGUCCCACAGGACUCCCUGGACGAAUGUUAUUUGACUUCUUCAGUUGGCCAUGACCGGCCAGACACCAGGAGGCCUUGUACAAGUGCCUCAUCCACACGUGACAAGGAAGAAACCUUCGAGGGUCUGGAUGUAGUUGCUCCGAUGCAGUCUCCCUGUCACCAAGAGGCAUCCAGUGGAAACUUGACUUUCCCAAGAGCACAGGGGCAAAGUUCCGGGGCACAGACACAGCCAAGCACCUCGGAGGCUGAUUCCCUGUAA